UCAGAGCGCUGAUCCUCUCCUCUGUGUCGGGGAGGCGUGCAGCAGACGCUGUCAGGAGAUCCACUGAACGCGCUGCUCGUGUUUUAUUUUCUACCCAACUCUCAGCCAGAGAUAUAUAAAGCGCUCCAGCUCGGACCCAACAUGGGUUAGAGAGGAAGCGACCUAUGGAUUAGCCACUUUGUGCACUUCGCCGAGGAUGAUGGGGGGGGGGAAAGAGACUUGUUUUCGCUGAGACAUCCUGACAAAGACGGGGACUGAGAGGGAACAGAGAUCGGGAUUUCGCUGCUCUUUCGCUUUGCAUCGUUGUCUUCUUUUUGAUUUUCCUGUUUUUGCAUUUUUUUUAAAUUUUAUUUUAUACAUUUAUUUUUUUUUUCCCGCGUGUGUGCGAGGCAGAGAAAUGUUUGCAGAAUUGCUGUGCGGCGCCGUGGCUCUGGUCCUGUAUGUCAACACUCUGGACGCCGAUUUCUGCUACGAUGACAGCCGUGCAAUCAAGACCAAUCAGGAUCUGCUUCCAGAGACCCCUUGGACAAAUAUCUUCUACGAUGACUUUUGGGGUACCUUACUCACACACAGUGGCAGCCACAAGUCCUACAGGCCCCUCUGCACCCUCUCCUUCCGCCUCAACCAUGCUGUGGGUGGGCUGGAGCCCUGGGGUUACCACCUGGUUAACGUGGCCCUCCACGGGGCCGUGACGGGCCUGUUUACCUCCCUGGCUCGCCUGCUGCUCGGAGGAGGCCUGUGGAGCCUGCUCGCUGGCCUGCUCUUCGCCUCUCACCCCAUCCACACCGAGGCGGUGGCGGGCGUCGUGGGCCGGGCCGACGAAGGGGCCGCCCUGUUCUUCUUGCUGUCCCUGCUGUGCUACAUGCGUCACUGCGAGCUGCGCGGCCACGCCGGGCCCUGGCGACUUGUGGCCUGGUUCCUGGGCAGCCUGGGCUGCGCUGCGUGCAGCAUGCUGUGGAAGGAGCUCGGGGUGACCGUCCUGGCUGUGUCGGCGCUGUACGACGUCUGCGUUUUCCACAAGCUCAAGCUGCGACAGGUCAUCAUGCUCCUCUACAAGAGAAAGAACGUCCACCUGCUGCUCAAUGUCUUUUUGCUGGCAGCCUGGGGAGCCGUCCUGUUGGCCGGCCGCUUCUACUGGAUGGGUAACAAACCCCCCAACUUCUCCAACUCUGACAACCCGGCAGCCGACUCCCCCUCUCUCCUCACCAGGACGCUAACCUUUUCCUACCUGCCCGCCGCCAACUCGUGGCUUCUCCUUUGCCCGAACACGCUCAGCUUCGAUUGGUCAAUGGACGCCCUGCCUUUGAUCAGGAGCCUUGCCGAUUGGAGGAACAUUCACACUGUAGUCUUCUACCUUGGGUUGCUCUCGCUGGCUGGGUUCAGCCUGUGGACGCACCGGGCGGCUAAAGGCAAGGAGACCAAUGGCAAAGCGCAUCAUUACACCAAUGGCAGAAAUGGGAACAGCAAUGGGCACAGUUACCAACAUAACAAUCAUGAACAUUUGAACAAUUCCCACACAGACGCUCACAUUAAUAGUGCCCAGAAUGGUACCAAAAAGCACUAUGAGAGCAGGACUCCACUGCCCACCACUGAAAAUGUCGUGGUGUUCUCGCUAGGCCUGUUGGCAAUCCCUUUCCUCCCUGCCACGAACUUGUUUUUCUACGUGGGGUUUGUGAUAGCAGAGAGAGUACUGUACAUCCCCAGCAUGGGCUUUUGCUUGCUGGUGGCAGUGGGGAUGAGGUCUCUGUACGUCCGUCUGCGACACAGGUCCUCCAGGGCGCUGUUGGUGUACUGCAGCGGUGCCGUCAUCCUUCUUUUCAGUGUCAAAACUGUUCUGAGGAACCGGGACUGGCAGAACGAGGAGAUGCUCUACAAGUCUGGGAUUUAUGUCAAUCCUGCUAAAGCAUGGGGCAACCUUGGAAAUGUCCUGAAGAGCCAGGGCGAGAUGGAGGAGGCUGAGCAGGCGUACAGAAAUGCCCUCUAUUACCGCAGCAACAUGGCUGACAUGCUGUAUAACCUCGGUUUGCUGCUACAGGAGAGCAACAAGUUCUCAGAGGCACUCCACUACUAUAAGCUGGCCAUUGGGAGCCGGCCAACUCUGGCUUCGGCCUACUUGAACACAGGCAUCAUCCUGAUGAAUCAGGGUCGCCUAGAUGAGUCCAAGCGCACCUUCCUGACCUGCGCCGACAUCCCCGAUGAAAACCUGAAGGACCCCCACGCCCACAAGAGCUCAGUCACCAGCUGCUUGUACAACCUGGGCAAGCUGCUCCACGAACAGGGACGCCAGGAGGAGGCCCUCGCCGUGUUUAAAGAAGCAAUACAGAAAAUGCCAAGACAAUUUGCACCACAGAGCCUCUACAACAUGAUGGGAGAGGCCUACAUUAGACUGAACAAGCUGACCGAGGCUGAACACUGGUACAGAGAAUCCCUGCGAGCCAAGCCGGACCACAUUCCUGCACAUCUCACCUAUGGCAAACUACUGGCUAUGACGGGGCAGAAAACAGAAGCGGAGAGGUACUUCCUGAAGGCCAUUCAACUCGACCCCGCAAAAGGCAACUGCUACAUGCAUUAUGGUCAGUUUUUGUUGGAAGAGUCGCGGCUGCUGGAGGCCGCAGAGAUGGCAGAGAAAGCCGCACGCCUCGACAGCAGGGAGUUUGACGUGGUCUUCAGUGCAGCCCACAUGCUCAGACAAGCCAGCCUAAACGAGGCCGCCGAGAAGUAUUACGGACAAGCAGCGAGCCUGAGACCCAAUUAUCCUGCCGCCUUGAUGAACCUGGGGGCGAUCCUCCACCUCAAUGGGAAGCUGCAAGAAGCUGAAGCCAAUUACCUCCGAGCACUUCAACUCAAACCGGACGACAACAUCACCCAGUCCAACCUGCGUAAGCUGUGGAACAUAAUGGAGAAACAGGGCCUGCGGACCAUGAGCCCCUGAGCUCACCCUGCCCACCUACCUGCCCAUCUGUACGCCAGACCUGGGGGGGGGGGGGGAAGGACGGCCUGCACGCUGCUCAUUCCCUCUUCUCAUCCAGGAAAGAUGGAAGAGACUCAGGGAGGAUGUUUGCUCAGAGAGGCCAUGACUGUGCCGCACAGCCCUUCUAAUAAAUCCUGAGCUCUGCAUACACCUCAGGCCAGCAGCUUUUCCUCUGAAGCAUUGCUCACAGUUUGGCAGGCGCUGCGCGGUAUUUGGAUUCUUUAGAAAUUUCUUCAAAUUAGUGCUCUCACCGGAACCACUUCUUCGUUUGUUUGUUUUUUCUUUUAGACCUAGAGCACUUGGACUUGAAGUAAGACCAUACAGUGGGUACAUCCUUCAACAUUUGUGAUGAAUUUAAGGGUUUUUUUUCAAUAAAAGAAUUGUGGUUCAGAGAUUUUAAAUUUCCCCCAGAGCAGUGUGAGAUAAGGUAUUAAAUGAAACAUCUCAGACCGCUGCACUGAGGGCAUUUUCCAUCACGUUUUAUUAAAGUUCUUUGUUUGAUCUCAUUUUCCAUCCUGAUGAUGAAGAAAAGAGGCAAAAUAAGGAAUAGGAUAUACCAUCCAACGUCACCAAAACAGGUUUAAAUCCCUAAAAACUCACCAAUUACCACCAAUCGCUUUGUUUCCCUCAUGAGAUUACUCACACGUCACCAUGAAGAUGUGAAAAUUAGCACCAUCACUUCAAACCAUUUUGUAGCAGAUGUCCUAGUAUUUGGUGAAAACUUGAAAAAGGGAAUUUAAUUUGGUAGCGAGUAAAGCACAACAAUAGCCUCUAGAAGCUCCACCAAGGCUGGACUUUUGCCGAAUACAGUAUGUUUUGGCAAGAAAACUGUGACUCUGUUCACAAUGGAAUGCCUUAUAAUAAAAGGUGUGAAUCUCCUGAAGCAUACAGUUGGCAAUUCUACCACUUACUGCCUCUUGUUCUGCACUGGCAAGGAAGCCAAGUCACCAUGGUAACUCGUUUUUUUCGACAACAGUAAAGAGCUACGAGUGGAAAUAACAAAGAGGCCGGUGCAGUAGUUCGGUACACGUCUGAAGUUCUUACAAACGAGCGUGAGGAGCUGAAACUGAUGAGUUAUUCUAACCAAAUACAGAAGCUAUGCCGAUGUACACCUUUUCAUCACUGAACAGCACACAGACGUAGCACGUCUUGAGGGAAAUGUUUUAAUGCGUAUGUUUUUUGUUGGAAUAAAAUUAAUUUCAUUGUGUUUGUACAAAUGAAUUCUAAUAUAUACCUACAUUGUCUGCAGUAUACAGAGAAAACCUUGCAGCAUAAAAGUAGCCGGACUUGAAGUGGAAUCUCAAGAUACUGAGAAAGUUUGGUCCGUUACAUGAAGUAUUUCCCAUAUUGUCAAAACUCAGUCUUAAAGUCUCAUUUUGUAUAUAAUCAGUGUUAUUAACAUCUACUUGUUUGUUUGUUGUUGUCAGCAUAAAGUAAGUGAAACGGCACCUUGCGGGAAGUAAGAAUAUGUACAGUAUUUGUUAUCACUUGUUUGUCGUCGGCCACAAACCUGGUGAGCUUUCCGUGUCCUUAGUCUAAACAUUGAUAGGUAUUGCUGUGUGUGUUACAUUAGCAACAGAACCAGCUGGCACUGUGUUUUUACAUGCAACAUGAAGGAAGUUAGCGGAUGUGGUCAUUCCUGAGAAAAAUCUCCAAAUACAGUUGAGUGGCUCAUUCUUGGUGAAUACAGAGUAACGCCUACAGUUGAGGAUAGAGAUGUUGAAUAUAUAUACGUCGCGUGUUGCAGUCACACUGUUCUGUUUUUGACUGUGAUGGUCACCAGUGAUAUGUUCAGUAAGGUGAUCACGGUUCACCUCACACACCCCUUUGUCAAAGAGCUCGCUAAGUUCUCCCGUGUACAUAAAGUGUUUAUGAACAAACACUGAUAAUUAUUGCUUGAGUGAAGAUGUAAAAAAAAAAAAAAAAAAAAAAGUGUUUCACUCCGUGUCUCUGCUCAGGGAUCUCAAGCGGUGGGUUAUUGCAGAAACUUGUUCACAGAGUGUUUACUAAAUUAAAGAUUUAUUUUUGGAAGUUGUCGUAUUUGUAUAAAUUAUCGAGAUUUGUAGCCUUUUUCUCCUUUUUGUAAUAUAAAGAUGAACAAUGUGCCAGAAAAGACUUUUUUGUUUUCUUUCUAAACAAUGUUGCUUCUUUUCCCACAAUAAAUUGAUUGUGUUCUCCUUU